AUGGUGGAGAAGAAAACUUCGGUUCGCUCCCAGGACCCUGGACAGCGGCGGGUGCUGGACAGGGCUGCUCGGCAGCGGCGUAUCAACAGGCAGCUUGAGGCCUUGGAGAAUGACAACUUCCAGGAUGACCCCCACGCAGGACUCCCCCAGCUUGGCAAGAGACUGCCUCAAUUUGACGAUGAUGCAGACACUGGAAAGAAAAAGAAGAAAACUCGAGGCGAUCAUUUUAAACUUCGCUUCCGGAAAAACUUUCAGGCCUUACUAGAGGAGCAGAACCUGAGUGUGGCCGAGGGACCCAACUACCUGACAGCUUGUGCGGGACCCCCAUCCCGGCCCCAGCGCCCCUUCUGCGCUGUAUGCGGCUUCCCCUCUCCAUACACCUGCGUCAGCUGUGGCGCCCGGUACUGCACUGUGCGCUGUCUGGGCACCCACCAGGAAACCAGAUGCCUUAAGUGGACGGUGUGA